UGCUCUCAUUACAUUACAAUUUCUCUUCCUUUCUCUCACAUACAAAUACAACUUCUCUUUGGAGUUUCUCUCUAUACACAAUCAUCGCUUGCUCUGUUUUUCUCUUUGCCCUUUUUUUUUUUCUUCUUCCAUUUCCAAAGACCCAGAAAUUUCAAGAGAGAGAACAGAAAAAAAAAAAAAAAAAAGAACGACCAAUAUUUUUGCUCCAUAUAUGUCUCUUUUCUUUAGGAGUUGUCUUUCACAUUAGCAGCUUUUGAAACUCACUUAGCAGACAAAAUAAUCGGAGACGCAAACUCGAAUUACUCAGCCUUUCAGGUCUUGAUUUGUCACUCUCAAUACAUAGGCUCAUCAUCGUCUUCUUUCUUAUAUUAUGCAGAAAAUGUAUAGGCCUGAGAAAACACUCAGAGAAGUUAGAUACAAGCACGAGAAAGAAAUCCCAUCUUUCUCUUCGAGUCUUCUGGACAAAAUAUACCGUUCGAUCGACGAGGGCGAGAAGAACAGCGAUGAUUUGAAGUUCUUCAGAGAAACAAUGGCGAAGAAACAGAGCAAAACUAGUGGAGGGAAAACUAACAGAGGAAUAAUGGAAAAAGAAGAGGAGGUGGAGAUGAACAGCUUUCGCCGAGCUUGUCUGAUCGAUAAAUGGAUCGAGAAAAAAGUCGGCGAAAAGGCCGGAACCCAGAGAAGAAAAUAUUACUCGGAAUUCGAUAGAAAAUUAGAAAACGACAACAAUGACGCUCUGUUCUUCAGCUCCACUUCAAGCUCUUCAGACUCGAGCUCCGGCGGAUUCUCAUCGUCCGACACCGAGUCCAUCUACGGUGCCAGGUCAGCGUUCUCACACUCUGCGCCGGCGAGGCCUAAACCCGUCCGUACGACCGUGACGGGGAGAAAACAACAGAGGAGUGCUCUGUUUUACGAGCAGAGAGAAGAACUCCACGUGUUCGGCGAUUACCACAGGCCUAAGGAUAUGGAAUUCCACACGCCGAAGCUCGACGACAAAGUUUUGAUCAAGUCGAAGUCUAGGGCUUUGAAGAUUUACAGCAAUCUGAAGAAGGUGAAGCAGCCGAUCUCGCCGGGAGGAAAGCUCGCCAACUUUCUCAAUUCCCUCUUCACGAGCUCGAAGAAGCCGAAGAGCUACAACACGACGUCGUCUUACCAGGAAAUGAGCACAUGUUCCUCGGCAUCGUCGUAUUCAAGAUCGUGUCUUAGCAAGAACUCGGAGAAACUGCGUGACAAUAGCGUCAAAAGAUCGGUUCGGUUCUACCCUGUGAGCGUUAUUGUGGACGAAGAUUCUCGUCCGUGUGGGCAUAAAUGCUUGUACGAGGAACAAGAUUCUGCUCUGAUGCCGGUAUCGGUACCGACGGCGUGGAAGAUCGGGCGGUCGGCGACGAGAAAAGUAGCGGAAGAAGAGCUUAAAGUGCAACAACAAGUAUUGGAAAAAACACGGCGAGUUGAAGAAACGGCCAGGGAGUUUCUGAGAGAUUACCACCAAAAGCAAACGAAGAAGAAAGACUUCGUGUGUGAAAAAAUUCGAGACAAUGAGGAAAUUAAGGAUGAUGAAUUUGAUGACGCAGCUAGCUAUUCGAGUUCCGAUUUGUUCGAGCUCGAUCACCUCGCCGUGAUCGGUAAGGAAAUUAGGUACCAAGAGGAACUUCCGGUGUAUGAGACUACUCGUGUUGAUAAAAAUCGUGCCAUUUCUAAUGGCCUAAUAAUGUAGAUUUUUUUUUCUCGGUUUUGUUUUGUUUUGUUAAUUAUCGUCAUAUAGAAAUCCCACAUGUUCUUAAAUUCUUUUUGUCUCAACGUAUUUUAUAUUACACUACCGUUUUGAUCAUGGUGGCUUGGGAUAUGUUAAUUAGUUUUAACGAGCAAAUGAAGAAUUGUUAUGUGAACC